UCAGGGCUCCGCAAGCUACACGUCGCGGUGCCAGAGGGUGAAGCAAUCACAGAGCAUACAUCGCCGACAUGUCCUGUAUUAGUAUUUGGCCAUCAAAGCCUUUGGACAUGCAUUCACCUCAGUCGCAAGCCUGCUUAUGUAACAGCCACGUCCCAUCCUGGUGGUGUUGUGAGGCUCCAAGCAGCUGUCAGCCCACUAAUUUUGCGCAACGUCACAGCUACUCUGACCUGCGACAACCCCAGCACACCACCUCCAACACGCGACCCACAUUAAUUCAGGAACAUCGCUACCAUCGCAAUUAGUUGCCGCUCAUGUCGUACCCACCAGAUACCCAGUCCUCUUCCCCGUUCCGCUCGCCCUCGUCGCAAACCUCACCGUCAUCGCAGCGCUCUACACCCAACCGCUCGUCCUCGUAUUUCACCUAUCCGGUCUCUUAUGCAGUCUCGGGCAUCCUGCGACGGUUGAACACAGAGACCAUUCCCACAUCAGACGCGCAAUCGAGAUCGGAGAACCACAGCAACCGUAACAGCGCAGGCAACAUACAAGCGCAGUUGCAGUCCACCGCAUCUUCCCUUUCCCACACAUUUGCGAAUCUCGUCUCCUCUACCACCUCAGAUAUGAACUCGGUCUACCAGCCGCCACAUCGGAUAGCGAGCCCUUUUCAACCGCCUCCCUUGACACCGCUAAGUCUGAGAGGAUGGGGAGGCAACAUGCGAGAAAAGGGCAAGCUGCUAAGCACGGCGCUUGCUGAAGAGAUCCGGCUCCUGCUCCCGCCAAGGUUACAACUAGUGGAUGAAUGGAGUCUGGCGUAUAGUCUGGAGCAGAACGGUGUUAGUUUAGGCACACUAUAUAAGCAAUCUGAAGACUAUCUGGGCAAGAGAGGCGGCUUUGUGCUGGUGGUCAAAGACGGCAGUGGAGGUAUCUUCGGCGCAUAUCUCUCCGACGCACCGCGGCCCUCCACAUCAUUCUACGGCAACGGUGAAUGCUUCCUCUGGCGCGCGCACAUUCUCUCAGGUUUCUCAGACCUGCAGAUGAACCUCCCACCACCCCCAUCCGAAGAUACGACGGACGCUGUGCGAAUGACAACUGUAUCCUCACCGAAGAGCAAGGGCCAUUCGUUAGCACCACCGCAGAACGGUCGGGCCAGUAAGAGUGGUGCGAGCACGCCAGAACGGAUAAGAUUCAAGGCAUUUCCCUACAGCGGAGUGAAUGACUACAUGAUCUUUUGCGAGCAUAGCUACCUAAGUGUUGGAGGCGGUGACGGUCACUAUGGCCUAUGGCUAGACGACAACCUCGAAAAGGGCGUCUCCGAUACGUGCCCGACGUUUGGCAACGAGCCCCUGAGUGAUGAUGGCAAGAAAUUCGAGGUCAUGGGUGUUGAGCUGUGGUACAUUGGCGUGUAGGAGUAGAUCAUCCAGAGACUUUCACUGAGCAGAAAACUUGUGAUCUUCGGUACUGGCGGCAUAUCGAAGACGUCGGAAGACAGCGCGGAAUUUGGCCCUGACAAAGCUACAUAGCUCAGGUUGUAUACUGUGUCUGGAGUCGCCAUAAGGGGACGGUGGUAAGCAAAAUACCCGUUUGAAGAGUUUGUUUGACGCUUUUCAUCCUCUCUCGGUCGGCGCCAUAGAGUAUCGUGUCUCACACAGCAAUUGAUGGUUUUAUCAUCCGGCUGGGCUCUCUCGACGACCUCAGCUGAUCCAUUCACACACAAGAGAUGUACAGUUCUUUCCGGGUAUAACUUAACGUUCGCUUCAUUUGGAGAAUUUUUUGACUACC